AGUUGCAUAAAUCGAAAAGAAGAGUAUGAGUGGGAUAUAAAUGGAGCCAGCUCUAGCAAGGCUCAUGUAGUGAUAUAACUGAUGUAAGAAGAAGCGUUGAUGGCAUAGGGAAGACAGCAACAGUUGAGACGACUGGAAUUUUGUGGACAAUCUUUUACCGUCAAGUAUCGAAAUAUUCAGAAUAUUUGGCAUUGAAAUGUUACCUCUUGCAAUUCAGAUUGUGAUUAAGUUGUUCAUCUGUCAAGAAGUAAAAAAAACAUAAAUUUGGUGUUCUGCGUUGGAAAUUUGGGGAAUGACUAAUGAAUAGCGGACAAAGAAUCCUUGGUGGAGGGGUUCAGCAUGUGUUGGACUAUCUGAGGCGAAUGCAAGCUGAAAGUCCAGCAUUUUUCUAUGCUGUUCAGGGUGAUAAUGGAUCUUCUAAUGGAAACAUUUUUUGGGCCGAUGCAACUGCCAGAAUGAACUAUCAUUACUUUGGGGAUAGUAUCAAAUUGGAUACUUCCUGUCGAGCUAACGGAUAUAGGGUACCUUUUGCUACUUUCACUGGCUUAAAUCAUCAUGCACAGCCUGUUCUUUUUGGAUGUGCUUUGCUUUUUAAUGAGUCUGAAGACUCACUUGUCUGGCUCCUCCAAACUUGGCUUCAAGCGAUGUCUGGACAGACGCCUGUUUCCAUCACAACUGACACUGAUCAUCUCAUACAGAUGGCUGUUGCUCAUGUUCUGCCAGAAACACGCCAUCGUCUUUGUAAAUGGAGCAUAAUUCGAGAAACCAAGGAGAAGCUGACUCAUGUAUGUCAAAUACAUCCAACCUUUGAAACUGAAUUUAUGAAGUGCGUUAAUGGAAGUGAGACAAUCGAGGAAUUUGAAUCUCAGUGGAAGUCAUUCCUAGAAAGAUAUUACCUCACGGAUAAUGAAUACCUUCAAUCAAUUUAUAGUGCUUGCCGUCACUGGGUUCCUGUUUUCAUGCGAGAGACGUUUUUUGGGGAUAUUUUAAGUGAUCAAGACAAUGAUGCCAAAAACACUUUCUUCAAUGGGUAUGUGGAUGCUUCUACCUCUAUCCAGUUGUUGAUUAAACAAUAUGAAAAAGCUCUUACAAUCUGGCACGAAAAGGAAUUAAAGGCAGAUCUUGACUCUACUAUUACUACACCAGUUCUAAAGACGCCAUCGCCUAUGGAAAAACAAGCAGCUAAUCUCUAUACUAGGAAGGUUUUCAUAAAAUUUCAAGAGGAACUGGUUGAGACCCUUGCGAAUCCUGCAACUAAAAUUGAUGAAUCCGGAACAAUCACAACAUAUCAUGUUGCAAAAUUUGGGGAAGAGCACAAGGCACACACGGUUAGGUUCAACACAUUUGAGUUGACAGCUAACUGUAGCUGUCUAUUGUUUGAAUUUUCAGGUAUAAUUUGUAGACAUGUGUUAUCAGUGUUCAGAGCCAAAAAUGUUCUUACGCUUCCUUCCCAAUACAUUUUGAAACGUUGGACAAUAAAUGCCAAGACUGGCAGUGGAAGCACUGUAGAGGAAUAUCGUUUAGAGUUACCUAGCAAUUCUCAAGAGUCUUUAACUAUGCGUCAAAAUAGUUUGCGACAGGAGGCAAUUAAAUUUGUAGAAGAAGGGGCAAAAUCUAUUCAUCAUUAUAAUGUCGCGGUGAAUGCUCUGAAAGAGGCUGCAAAAAAGGUUGCUGCUGCAAAGAAGAAAAAUGCUGAUAAAACUCUGGUGAACAACUUAGUAAAUGGAUGCAAUCAAGUAGUGGAUGAAGGAGAUAUUGAUCUAGUAGAUUCAGGUCAAUCCAAGGUGAGUUUUCAUUAAGAGUUCCUCACUUUCUAUGAUCUGAAUUUUGUCCAUCUAAUGACCUUUUAUUUCUUUGCAAACAAACCUUUUACUAUACAACCAUGCUCAUUCUACGUUUGACUUAUUCCAGUCCAAUUGGCUUUUAGUUUCAAACUGAUACUGUAAUAUUAUGAGAUUUCAAGUCUCUCAUACCUAGACCACCCAUAUUCUUAUCAAGAGUGGUAGUGCUUCAUUUCGGUUGAAUGCUUUUCUAUACUUGUUGUGCCUUAAAAAUCUCUAUGUUGCUUAUCCAGUUCCAUUGAGACUUGUAGGGAAGAGGACACAAAGACAUCAUAUUGGUGGGUAAGGCAUCCCAACACACUAUUAAUAAGGACCAAUCUCCCACCCAAUGAUUAGUAUUGUGUUUUCUAGUUAU